GAGGGCAAAAAAUCUAAGAAAAAUCCCCAACAAAAUCUUGGACCAUCCGCCGUUUCAAACCUCUGCCUUUCUCCUCAGUCCUCUUCAUCUUAUCCUCUCUCCCUUCUACUCGAAACCCUUCCGUAGAGAGGCAUAGAGAAAUGUCGUGUGCAACAAAGCCAAUAAUCAAGCCUUCAUCCAUGGCAACGAACAGUUGCCUCAUUUCUCUUCCUCCCCUCUUUGCCACCACCACAAAAUCCAAAUCUUUUGCUUACCCAUAUCUCUCAAACACAUUAAAACCCAUUAAACUCCUCCACCUUUCUUGCACUUAUUCUCCUUGUAUCUUAUCCCCAAAAAAGAAAACAUCAGUUUCUGCACUGCAAGAAGAAGAAAACACCCUUAUCCUUGACGGCCAAGGACAAGAAUCUGGAGACUUGUUUAACUUUGAACCUAGUGGUGAAGAAACAGAAGAAGAAGGGUUUGUAGAGGCAGUUGGAGAUGCUGGGGAGAGUGAUGAGGUUGAAGCAGACGAGGAGGAGGAGGAGUUUCAAGAACCACCUGAAGAUGCUAAGUUGUUUGUUGGGAAUUUACCUUAUGAUGUAGACAGUGAAGGGCUGGCUCGGCUUUUUGAGCAGGCUGGUGUUGUUGAGAUUGCUGAGGUUAUUUACAAUAGGGACACUGAUCAAAGUCGUGGAUUUGGUUUUGUGACAAUGAGUACGGUGGAAGAAGCUGAGAAAGCUGUGGAAAUGUACAAUCGUUAUGAUGUCAAUGGAAGACUCUUGACAGUCAACAAAGCUGCUCGUAGAGGAGAGCGACCUGAGCGUCCGCCUCGGACAUUUGAACAGUCUUACAGGAUCUACGUAGGCAAUAUCCCAUGGGGCAUUGAUGAUGCACGCCUUGAGCAACUGUUCAGUGAACAUGGUAAAGUAGUAAGUGCUCGGGUAGUUUAUGACAGAGAAACUGGCCGGUCGCGAGGUUUUGGUUUUGUUACGAUGGCAAGUGAAGCUGAAAUGAGUGAUGCAAUUGCAAACCUUGAUGGACAGAGUUUGGAUGGGAGGACAAUCAGGGUAAAUGUUGCUGAAGAUAGAUCCAGGCGCAACACGUUUUGAUUUGAUCAAAGGUUCAUUUGUUCUAUAAUCAUAGCGGUCACAAUUCUGCAGCUAAGAGUGUUUUUUCUUAUAUUUUUUUUUCCGGAAUUUUGGUUAGGCGUUUUCCAUUUUAGCACUUGCUUGUAAGCUUUGAAUUCCAAGUUUUGAACCCUGAAUUAGCAAUUGCUUUUAUAUAGAUAAUGCGUCUACUACUAUUUUUUUUCUU